GAUGGAGUGAACUGUUGCAUUUAAUUUACUCAUGUAGCCAACGGCUCUCAGGAUCGACUGGUGCAGGUGCAUGAUGGGAUUUGCAGUAUGUGUUUGUGGGUGUUGCAGGUUUAACGGCAGUGAACGUAGCAUCUGUUUUUUAACGUAGUGCUUCUGGCCUGUGAAAACUAGGGGAUAGUCCACUUCAGUUCAGUUGAGUGUCUAUAAAUAGUCUGACAGGCAGUCGCCCAAUGAAACUUGAAUAUCUCCCACAGAGGAGCUGUCGGACCCCUUAAAGCUGCACUAGUCUCAUUUUUCUCAACGAUGGAUCAGAUAUUUGUUCAUGAAAUGUGUGACUCGUUGCUGUUUACAUCAAAUACGCAGUUCAUCAACUGAGCGAUGGUGUGAACAGUCAGUAACAGUAUUCCAGGUCUUGUGCCCAGUUUCCUGUGUGGCGUUUAUUAGUUGGUGUUACUUCUGAUGAAGUCGCCUGGAGGACGAGUCAGAUACUGAAGCUGAUGUGACAGGAAACACUUUACAGGUGUGUGUUGAUGGAGCUUCACCAGUGGGUGCUGAAGCUCCACGUCUGUGCAGCCUGUGUAGCCGUCCCUCAGUCGAGCCCCCCUUCUCCUCCUCCCCCGCUCUGAAUGCCACAGACCUCUCACCCUUCCGUCCUGAUUUAGACUUCAGGCUUUUGCAGACAUUCAGACCCAGCUGUCUGAGGCUGUGUGGGUUUAGGGGUUCUCUGGAUCCUUUGUCUGUGUGCUUGUCCUCCUGCCUCCUCCUCCACCAUGCCCGGACGCUUCUAUCUCCCCUCCAUCUGACAUGGUGCCGCAGGGUUUCAGCGCUCCGUCUGCUUGUGCUCCUUUUCUCCAGCCAUGGAGCCUCUUCCGGAGGUGCCGUUAUUUGAAAUGGACCAGGAAGAGGAUGAGGAGCAGGAUGUUCUUUCAAUGAGGAGCAUAGGUUGCACAUAUGCUCUGAGUGAUUUUCCGAGCCCUGCUGACCCUCACCCUGACGCUUUCAUCUACAUGAACUUCAUGAAGACCCACCGCUGCUACGACGCCAUCCCCACCAGCUCCAAACUGGUCAUAUUUGACACAACCCUGCAGGUGAAGAAGGCCUUCUUCGCCCUCGUGGCCAACGGCGUGAGGGCGGCUCCGCUGUGGGACAGCAAGCUUCAGAGUUUUGUGGGUAUGUUGACCAUCACUGACUUCAUCAACAUUCUCCAUCGUUACUACAAGUCUCCUCUGGUUCAGAUCUAUGAGCUGGAGGAGCACAAGAUAGAGACCUGGAGAGAAAUCUAUCUGCAGUACUCUGUUAACCGUCUCAUCAGCAUCACCCCUGACUCCAGUCUGUUUGAUGCCAUCUACUCGCUGCUGAAGAGUAAGAUCCACCGGCUGCCGGUCAUCGACCCAGAGUCCGGAAACGUCCUCCACAUCCUGACUCACAAACGCAUCCUCAAGUUUCUCCACAUCUUCGGCUCUUCCAUUCCCAAACCCAGGUUCCUUCAGAAGCGGAUCAGUGAAGUGGGAAUCGGAACCUUUAAGCAAAUCGCAACGGUCCAGGAAUCUGCGACAGUGUAUGAGGCUCUGACUGUGUUUGUGGAGAGGAGAGUGUCGGCUCUGCCUGUGGUCAAUGAGCUCGGGAAGGUGGUGGCGUUGUACUCCAGGUUUGACGUCAUAAACCUCGCCGCCCAGAAGAACUACAACAACCUGAACAUGACGAUGAGGGAGGCCAUCGCCUCCAGAGCGUGCUGCGUGGAAGGAGUGCUCAAGUGCUACCCGUACGAAACGCUGGAGAUCGUCAUCGACCGCAUCGCCAAGGCAGAGGUGCAUCGUUUGGUGUUGGUUGACAGCGACGAUGUGGUGAGAGGGAUUGUUUCUUUAUCUGACCUCCUCCAAGCCCUGGUCCUUAGCCCUGCAGAUAUUUAUGAGAAAUCGUCCUUUCAACACUGCGUGAAACAAGGAGGAGACUGAUCAUUGAAAACGAGCGGCGACGUCUUAGCAGGUUGGUGGCUGAGACUUCAGCUCCAUGAAGGACAGAGACGCGAAGUAUGCGUUUGUUCCAAGCAAAGCUGUGAGGACACUGCAGCUGUUUCAUGGGCGUGUCUGCAGAACCAACAGAUGCAAACAGAGACUCUCAAUGACCUCAGGGUUGUUAUGCAAACUGUUACAGCGAAGGAACAGUGAAAAUGAGUGAAAACGCUACAUUGUGAAACUGAAAUGACAUUUUUUUUGUAAAUGCACCUUUGCUCCAGUUACUGUGAACCAAUAUUAUACAGACACGCCUGGUGAACCCUGGUUUGAGUUGUUUAUGGAUGCUUUUAUUAUAAUAGUGAAUCAAGAGUAGACAAAGAUUGUUUUUUGAACCUAGAAAUAUUUAGUUCCUCAUCUUUUAAGGAAAAUUUUUUUUUAGUCGUUUCAAAAUGACAAAAAACACAAGUGACUUAAUAAAACCAGCUGGAUCAACAGUCAGUGAACCCUU